CAUGGGUAAUAUUUGGUCUGUGUUUUGAGCAGCGAAAGCGCAGAUGGUCUCCUUUCUCAUGGAUAUAUGAGCUUCAUAACACUAUGUAUGUCGCCUGAUUUUAAUGCAGAUGUGACUGUGCACUGUUAACUUCUGCCUGUAUUAAUAAGAACCGCCACAAACCGCGGAAUUCAUUAUUUAUUGACUGUAGCAUAUGUGCAAUUAAAACAAGCUACGUUGCUAAAUUAGCUUCCAAAACGGGAAAAUGGACUUUUAACUAAAGCUGUUAUGGCCCAGUUUAAUGAAUCACCUUGCAGGGUGAAAGGGAUAUGUUUUAAAUGUUACCACGCAUAAUAUUAGAGUUUAUAUCCCCUAUCUGGCUUGUUAAGUUUAAGUUAUAGGCUGUCCUUUGUUUCCAAUCGCAACGCUGUAUUGAUUGGUUGACUGGAAAGAUCGGGAAGCAGCAGUAACAAAAAAAGAAAAAGAGAAUGGAUGAAAGUGCCGAAAAUGUUGACAACGACGACAUUGUCAUCAUCGUGGAGAACGAAGCAGAAAGUUUGCCAGCGGAGGAGGAGAGGCUGAAACAGCAGGGCACCUUCGGGCUCAUGGACACUUGUCCCAUCUGCAAGUUGAGCUUCCACAACAGAGAGCCCAAACUCCUGCCCUGUCUCCACUCCUUCUGCAAGAGGUGUCUGCCUGCACCCUUCAGGAGUGCCGACCCGAGGCGGGACUCGCAAGGUCAAGUCGACAGCAACAAACCACUGGGCGCCAUCCGAUGUCCAGUGUGCAGACAAGAAUGCUGGGAGAUGGACGUGCUGGACAACUUCUUUGUCAAGGACUCUGCCGAGGUGCCGAGCAGCACCGUGGAGAAAACCAGCCAGGUGUGCAUGAGCUGCGAUGACAACACAGAAGCAACAGGUUACUGCGUGGAGUGUGUGGAGUUUCUGUGCGUGACGUGCAUCGAGGCGCACCAGAGGGUGAAGUUCACCAGGGAUCACACCAUACGGCAGAAGGAGGAGAUGUCUCCAGAAGCAUUAGGUAUUUCCACACAGAGGCCUGUGUUUUGCGACAUCCACAAGCAGGAGCCACUGAAGCUGUUCUGUGAGACGUGCGACAGACUCACCUGUCGGGACUGUCAGCUGCUUAAGCACAAGGAUCACAACUACCAGUUUUUGGAGGAUGCAUACAGAAACCACAGGCAGUAUCUGGAGAACAUGACGCAGCAGUUACAAGAGAAAAGAAAAGCGAUUGAGGACGUUUCCAGCUGUAUCAGCACUGGACUCCAACAAGUUGAAGAAAACCGAAAGGCUGUAACGAAUGAAAUAAAGAAGUCCAUCUGUAAUUUGAUCAUGGAGAUCAACAGGAAGGGGAAGAUUCUGAUUAACCAACUCGAGGCUCUGACUAAGGACCAUGAGUUGGGUUUGAAAAAGCAGCAGGAGGACGUUAACUCUCUGAGCAGGCACCUAGACCACGUUAUUAGUUUCACCAAAUGGGCAACAGCCAGCCACAGUGGAACAGCCCUCCUGUACUGCAAGAGACUGAUCCUUUUCCAGAUCCAUUAUCUGAUGAGAGCGAGCUGUAAUCCCUCCAUCGUCCCUCAGAGUUCUGUUCGCUUCCAGUGUCGCUCUGGUUUCUGGGCCACAAACGUAGACCUCGGGUCUCUGGUCGUAGAGAGGGGCCCGGGACGGCCACCCAUCCCCAACCACCAGGCAGCUCCCAGGGCGGAAGCACCCGCCGGAGGUCUGUCGGUCUCGGCUCAGCAGCGACAGAGCACGCUGGCUCAGCUCCAGAUGCAGGUUGACAAGCUUUCCCAACAGCCCCACAGACAGCCCCCUCCCAACCACUGGUCCUGGUACCAGAACGUGAGGCUCCCAGGACCGCCCGGCCCUCCACCUCCGACCAGGCCCAUCCACGGGGGGUCCUCCCCCUCCCAGGGUCCCCCCAGCUUGGCACAGGCAGGACGCAGGUUUGGGAACUCCCACCCCAACCCCAGAAGCCCCACCUCCUCCAUGCUUCACAACACAGGAUUCCCACCUGCUCAGUCUCUGAGAGAUCUGAUCCAUAGCUCCAGCUUCCCUCCUAAACCCAUGGAUGUGUUGCAGGGUACCUCCCGCUACCCACAGCCUCUGUCUGCCGGAGCAGCCACACAGACGUCACUACACCAGAGGGGCCUUCCAGAGUCCUCCUUCCUGAAGAGGAGUGAAGCCAGCGCUUCUGUCCCGUCCAUCACCAUCUCUAUCCCCAAACCCAGCUUAGCUCCAAGUCUGGCCUCAGCAGCUGCAGAGAGAACAAGCACACUUAAUCACGUAACAGGACGGCAGAACUCCCCGAUGGCCAAACCAUCCUCUUCAGACAGAAGCACAGGGACGACUACAUGGAAGCAGACUGCUGAACCGCCAUCCGCCCCCUCAGCCAAACGAAGAAGAAGGUCGUCCCCUGGGCCCAUUAUCGUCAUCAAGGACGAACCAGAGGACGAGGACGAAGUUCGCUUUGUAAGAAGAAGUGUUUUUGUAUUGUUGUGUUAUGAUUUCGUUUUCCUGUAUCUAACUGCAUGGGUUGCCCACAGGUUCAGUUCCAGCGUAGGGUCCAGCCUGCCCGACAGCAGCACCGGGGCUCAGUCAAAGCCCAGGCAGCAGCCGAAGGCGUCCGUCCCGGUCCCGGUCCCCGUGUCGGAGUCCAAAGCCGGGAAAGAUCAGCGUCCUCAGCCCACGGCUCAGCCGGAGUCUGAAAAGAGAGCGGAGCCGGAGGAAGAUCCCAACGAGGACUGGUGCGCCGUCUGUCAGAACGGAGGAGAGCUGCUCUGCUGCGACAAGUGCCCCAAAGUUUUUCAUCUGUCCUGCCACAUCCCCACGCUGAACGAGUCCCCCAGCGGCGAGUGGUUCUGUUCGUUCUGCCGAGACCUCGUCACGCCUGAGAUGGAGUACGACUGCGACAGCAAGGAUGAUCCCGCCUCUGAGGGAUUCCCACCUGUUGACAGACGGAGGUGUGAGAGGCUGCUGCUUCGUCUGUUCUGCAAUGACUUCAGCACUGACUUCCAGCAGGCUGCUUCUCCAUCGGAGACGAGAAGGUACAAAGAGCUGAUCAAGACCCCGAUGGAUCUGUCGAUAGUGAAGAAGAAACUGGAGUCAAAAGCGAAGGAUGGUGAAUGUUAUAGUAGUCCAGAGGGAUUUGUCGCAGACGUCAGGCUGAUAUUUUUCAACUGUGCAAAGUACUACAAGGCGACCUCAGAGGUGGGGAGCGCAGGCUUGUACCUGGAGGAUUACUUUGAGGAACAGCUGAAGCUAGUCUACCCAGAUAAGGUGUUCCCCGGUGGGAGGGAAGAACAGAUGAUCCCUCCUUUAGAGGAUGAGAUAGACGAAGAAGAGGAAGAGAUGAUGGAGCAAGGCGCGGCACCCGCUGAGGGCGACAAAGCACAAAGUCCCGCAGGAGGAGGAAUCCCCCCUGUGGAGGAGGAUUUGGCUCCUCUAGAAGAGGCGCCAGCCCAGGCAGAGGAAGAACAGGCGUUAACCGAGGAGAAAGGGACUGAUAUGAGCAAAAAGGAGAAGGAGGAAAAGGUAGAAGCUGCUGAGAGAGGCACGCCUCCUGCAGAGGGGAUAAAUCAGGAUGAGAAAACUCCUGCAGUGGAGGUGAAACGCUCCCCUGCUGCUGGUAGUGAAACAAAAGACGGAGGAGCUCCCAGCUCCCUGAAAGAGGACAAACCAGAGCUGCAGACAGAAAAGACUGUAGAUCCACCUGAAACUGAGAAGAAGGCGGCGGCUCCUGCAGACACAGCCAAAGAGAAGGAGGGAUAGACGGAUCACAGCUGUAGAAAGGAUGGAUGAUCUUAGUCUUCCACAGAAUUGGCCCCAGUGGGGACCUACAUUUGCUGCAAUCAGACACUUUUUGUACUACAUUAUAUUUGCAAUAGGAAAGAAAAGGGUACUGCUGUACUAAACAGACUUAUUUAGUAGCGGUUAUGCUGUAGAUGCACAUUGAAGGGAGUAAAUAAGCUCAUAUUUUUGUGUGUGAUUUUUGCUGGACUGAGGUUACACUUUUACUGUAACAUGGAAGGUCACUCUCUGACGAUGACGACACUGAGAAGCACACGAAAGAUAACUCUUUGUCGAUAGGAUUACGUGUCAGUUGUCAUCAGUUUACCUUGCUUAUCACUUGUACAUAAUGCCAUGAACUGAAGGCACAAACGCUGCAAUCAACAUCAGAAAACAGACUUUGGAUUAGAAAUGCAUGCGAGAUGUCUUAAUAUAAAUAAUAAUGCCUCCAUUUUUGUGUCUAUAGAUUUUAGCUCACUUGUACUAGCCACUUGGCUCAUAAACAAAUCAUGUUUUAUUGCAAUAGUAUUUUUUAUUUUAUUAGUAUUGUAAUAAUGCUAUGUACGCAACAGGUAGGGCUGCUGUAUGUACUGUAGUUUCUGAGCAUAUAUCGGAGCAGUUUAAACAAUCCCUCACGAACCCUGGCAAUUUGAAAACUUUUCAUCUCUGUGUUGCCAGUUUGAGGCCUCAAAGAUGGUUUCUCAUUCAGCUGCCCUGUUGGUUUUAUCAAGUUUUCUUUACAGACUUUAUUUAUUUAAAUGUUAUCAGUCAGAGACACGAUUAUCACCUUCUCAUUGUCAGCCUCUGACAACAGCGUGUCCUUGCCCUUCUUCAUGAUGAAUGUCGGACAAGAACCUGAUUGUUUUAAUCAGUUUUCCUCAUUGAAAUAAUGAGAAAUGCAUGAAAUUGCACAGAUUUGGCCGCCUUAAAAACAAAACACAUUUUUGACAGAUGCUUCAGUACAACCUGAGAAGAGUGAGUCAAAAACUGACACUUCAGUUUGGAAAUACAUUCUUUUGUCUACUAUCAUCACUUUAUUACAAAUUGUGGAUGCACAGGACCCAGAAAUGAACUCUAAGAAACAAUGUGGAGCAUUAAAAACACCUGCAUUAACGAUAUUUGUAAUAAACAGUGUUACAUGUAGAUGUGA